AUGGAAACAACGGAAUCAAUCUCAACCCACAACGGCACCAGAGUCAUCCACGAUGGGGAAAAGGACCACCUCCACAGGACCACGACCGGCGUCACUAUGUCACCCGAGCUCUUUGAGAAACUCUAUCUUACACCCAAAGUCCCUCAUGUCGGCGACUACAACAGGCGGUUUGCUAAUCCAACUGCGCUAGGGUUUGUUGGCUUCGUGAUCUCAACUUUUACCUUCUCCAUAGUCCUUAUGGGAUGGGGUGGCGCGCAAGGUCUUACGCCUGUCGUAGGAAUCUUCUUCUGCGUCGGCCCUGUCCUCCUCCUCUUCGCCAUGGUAUUCGAGUGGAUCAUGGGAAACUUCUUCCCCAUGAUGGUGAUGGGUCUCUUCGCCGUCUUCUGGUUGUCGUUUGGGAUGCUGCAGCUGCCCACACUCCAGCUCGGUCUGCCUUAUGAGGCUGCCCAGGAUGUCCCUACCGGCGGCGGCGCCCUGACACCCGAAUAUAACGCCGUGAUUGCGUUGUACCUGAUCGUCUGGGGGUUUGCAUUGUUCACCUUCUUUGUGUUUACUUGCAAGAUCAAUACUGUCUUUGCGCUGAUCUUUUUGCUGGGAGGUGGUGCACUACUGUUCGUCGUGGCUCUUCUUGGAUGGUACAUGUGUUUCAUCAUCAUGGCUGGUGAGAUGAGAAUCACUUUGAACCUCCCGGUCGGUGACUUGAGUCACUUUUGGCCCAGGACUGACGUUGAACUGGCGACUGCGGAGAACCGGGAGCAUCGUGACUGA